GACGAACAACUUUCCCACUUUCCUUAUUUUCGAUCUUAUCCUUAUCUUCUUGCUUGUUCUAUUUCUCUUCUAACUAAUCACACCUAAUCAUAAAUAUCUUAUUGUUUAAUUUCUCAAGAUCUUCGUCAAAUCACAGAUUCUUGAAAUUCUUUUUCUUCUUUUCUUGAAGUUCUUGAGUUAUGAAAUGACAAUGGAGAGAGUUAUGAAAUGAUUAAUCUCAACCAAUUUUCACGAUUCCUUGUUUAUCAUUCUAUAUCCGUUGUGAUUCUUCACUGGUUUUACGUUAUCUCUUAAAACAGAUUUUUUUUUUAUUUGUAACAAAACAUGGCAAACGCAGAGAGGACAAGUUCAGGUUCCGACAUAGAUGAGAAGAAAAGAAAACGCAAAUUAUCUAACCGCGAAUCAGCUAGGAGAUCGCGUUUGAAGAAACAAAAGUUAAUGGAAGACACGAUUCAUGAGAUCUCGAGUCUUGAACGACGAAUCAAAGAGAACAGCGAGAGAUGUCGUGUUGUGAAACAGAGGCUUGACUCGGUCGAAUCGGAGAACGCGGUUCUUAAGUCGGAGAAGAUUUGGCUUUCGAGUUACGUUAGCGAUUUAGAGAAUAUGAUUGCUACGACGAGUUUAAAGCAGACGCAGAAUGGUGGUGGUGGCGAUUGCGGUGAUGAUCAGAACGCAAACGCGGAAAUAGCGGUUGGAGAUUGUAGACGUAGACCGUGGAAAUUGAGUUGUGAUUCUCUACAACCAAUCGCGUCCUUUAAGACAUGAGAUUUGUGCAUUAGUGGGUUGUUUUUACUGUGGUAAUUUUUCUACUUUGUAAUCUUUUAUAUUGAAUUGUUUCUUCGCACUACAUUCUCUGUUACAAUUGCUUUUGUUCUUGUUUUCAAUAUUUUCAUAUAACGUUAAAUGAUUUUCAGUGGUUGACCCAAA